CAUCAGUCGGUCGGUAGGUGGCAGCACAUGAACGGGGCUUCAGGAAUAUCAGCCCACGAAGAAGAGCCCGCGAUCUGCUGUCACCAGCUAUGAAAGGUUAUUCCAUCGUGACAGGGUUGAGUGCCAACAUGCAGAGUUUGGUGGUGCAGGCACUCGCCAUGAGGCAGCUGGGACGGUUGAACCCCCGCCACCUGCUGGCUGCUGGAUAUGGACUGAGGCAGUCUGAAUGGUGUCCCAGGACCAUCCACACGCGCCAGCUUUGGGGCUGCUCCGCUAUCCCCGCGCUCGGCUGUCACAGGCCAGCUUUCCGCGGCAGAGACCCAAUCAGAGGUUGGCCCGUCCACCAUCUGAGGUAUAAAAGCAACAAGAAGAGAGACGCUGCAAGGGCUGCAAAGGAAGAGGAGGAAGAUGAAGAAGAAGAGGAGGAUAAAAAAGACUCUGAGGAAAGUGAUUAUGAAGACGAGGUGGGUGAGAACCCAAAUCUACCAAAGGAGUAUAAAGACAUGGAAAAAUAUGUGCAGUCCUUUCGCUAUGAUGUCAUAAUGAGAGCUGGCCUGGACAUGGCACGCAAUAAAAUUGAGGACGCCUUCUACAGCAACAAGCUCAGGCUGAACGGACAGAAGCUCGUCAAGAAAAGUAAAGCGGUGAAAGCCGGGGACACCUUGGACCUGGUGCUGUCGGAGAACCGGGAGACAAACACGAUCACUCUGAUGAGGGUUAUCCUCCAGAGGGUUUUGGGCGAAUCCAGUACAACAGAAAAGCACAAGGUUGCCAUAAGACGCUGGAAAAGUAUCGAGCUUUCCAAAGAGGAGGCCAUUAAGACAUGAACUUGAAGUAGGGCAUUGUUGACUGGCAAACCAUGGGCCAGCUUAGGCGAUGGAAGCCGAAGAAUUGAAUGUGAGCCAACGAGCUUGAAGGGUCCCUAAUGGAUUGUGACGUCUGUAGUUCUCACUGGUUGUAGACGUCAUGCAGCUGGUCGGGAGAAAGAUUUAGCGUGUUUGCCUUUCCUCCGUGAUACUGUGUGACUCUUCCAAUAAAGGUGCUCUUGGACAUUUUGAGAUAAUUGUCCUUAUGAGUCGGCUAAGAAAUAG